AUGUCGUUCAUGAUAGUUGCAUCAUCCGCUAACAUGGGUGCCGCCAUACACAUGUAUAUUCAGCCGUUGAUUGCGCUUCUCGCCGCAAAUAAAGCACUUGGAGACCUCCAUGGUUGCCUUCCAGCCCCCAGACUUCAGAACCAGCGUCCCUUUGGCGUGGAUCGCUUGGAACAGAUUUUCCGAUGGACAUUGGAGCAGGUGUUUCUGGGGGUUCCAGCGUUUGGAACCGUUGAUCCAGCAAACAUGGAGGCUAUCUUGUCUUCCAACUUCAAAGAUUUUGGGAUGGGACUACGACGUGAGAUUACAUUUCCCAUGUUCGGCGACGGGAUAUUCACCCAGGACGGAGGUACCUGGAAGCAAUCACGAGAGCUGCUUCGACCACAGUUUCACUUCAAGAAGUAUGCGGACUUGGAUUUUUUUGGAGACGCUUGCGACAAUCUCCUAGAAAAAAUACCAGCAUCUGGUGGUGUUGUAGAUCUUCAGCCUCUCUUCUUUCGGCUGGCCCUCGACGUCACGACGGCAUUCUUAUUUGGGGUGUCAAUAGAAAGCCUUAAGGCGGGGGAAGGAUCUGGAGAGCAGGCAUUCGCAGAUGCUUUCAACAUAGCACAGGAUUAUGUUGCUAGGCGGUUUCGACUUCUUGAUCUGUAUUGGCUGAUUGGAGGGAAGAACUUCCGAGAUGCGUGCGAGACAGUGCACUCAUUUGCGGACAAGAUAAUUGAUCGUAAUCUCUCGCACGAGAUGACAGACGGUGAAGAAGACCAAUAUGUCUUCCUACAGGCAAUGGCUAAGAAAACACCGAGUCGAACUGCACUGAGAAGUCAAAUAAUCAACAUCUUAACUGCGGGCAGAGAUACGACAGCAUGCCUUCUAUCUUGGACCUUCUUUCUACUUAUUAGACAUCCGCAGGUCCUCGAAAAACUACGAGACGAGAUUUUUAAGCUUGACAGCAACACAGAUCUGACUCGAAACAGUCUUCGAAAUAUGAAAUAUCUUCAAAAUGUUCUCAAAGAAAGUGAGUUCCACAGAUUCUUAACCCACGAUAAUAAGUCCUGAGUUAGCUACCACUUCGUCUUUAUCCUCCUGUGCCAGUCAACGCACAAACUGCUCUAUGCACAACUAUCCUUCCAACCGGCGGUGGGCCAGAUCGCACCGCUCCAGUUCUCAUACCCAAAGGCAGCUCUGUCGCAUACAGCGUGUACACAAUGCAUCGACGACCCGAUCUAUAUGACAUGGAUGCCGAACUCUUUCGCCCCGAAAGAUGGGACGAACAAAUGCCCCUGAGCGAGAACGAGAUAUAUUCAAAAUGGGGAUAUUUGCCCUUUAAUGGUGGGCCAAGAAUAUGCCUUGGAAUGGACUUUGCGCUCAGUGAAGCGGCAUACACGGUCGUACGAAUUAUACAAAAGUUUCCGAAAAUUAAACUGCCUAAGAAUGAGCCUUUCGGUCGGGUGGGGGUGGAAAAGCAGAAAAUCACAAUGGUCAUGUCCAUUGUUGGCGGGUGUAGGGUCGAGCUGCGAUGAUUCUAUUGUAUGAAAGAACAGAACAACAAUCUAUUCAUUUAUAGCAUCGUAG